UGCGAUCCGCCAACCAAAUCCCCAAAAAGAAGACGAGUCCACGCUAAUGACGUCAUCGCGCACAUUUCCGAGUUGUCCUUGAACGAAACAUCGCUGGCAAAAUGGUUGCAUACUGGAGACAAGCUGGCCUUAGCUACAUUCGCUUCUCUGCGAUCUGCGCAAGUGCAGUGCGUGCGGCACUGAAACCCCAGUUCAAAGUCGAGGCACUGAAGGUUGCCGAGUCCAGCGUCAAAGUCUACGUACCAAAGGCUGUAGCAUCUGCCAAGAUCUGAGUACGUCAUCAUGUAAUGGAUGUUCUUCGGGACCAAGAGGAUUUGUCAUUGUCCCGGCCAACAUAUCUUUGUGAUGGAUGACAACGCAAGGGUUACAUCUAGAUUUGUCGAGAGAUGGAAAACUUAACAGAAUUGAUUUUUCCCCUUUAAUUUGUAAUUAAGAAAAUGAAAUAAAACUCCCAUCUAAAAAAUAAUUGUCUGCUAGAUUAACUCAUGCCUUAUCUGGCAAUAUUAACUGUGAACAUGUGUAAAAGUAGGCUAAAAGCUCUGAACUUGGCCUUGUAGUUCAAAUAUUUUAUUCAUUGAAUUAAAUACUGUACAUGAA